GCGCUACACAAUAAAUAAAAUGUUCUAAAGUCCUACAAAAACAAUAACAAAAAAAUAUAUAUGCUAUGUUAAAAUAAAAGCCAAAAGUACCGUUAUGGAUAUUAACAGCAAAUACAGUACAAACUUAAUUUAUUUAGUGAAAAAAUAGAAUUUCCCAACCAUUGAAAAAUAAAACAACCCGCCCAGGAACCCGCUUAAUAGCGAUAAAAUGAUUUAAUCGCCGCAAGCGACACCACAACACUAUGAGAAUUGGUGACAGUAUUAUGCAGCGACCUCUGUGCACCCGAGUCACUAAAACGCUGUUGUUUUUACUUGUCGGCGCUGUGGCAGUAGCCAAUACCACGACCACCACGCCCACCAACAACCAAACCGAACCCCUACUAAUACCCACUAGCAUACCCAAUCAAACAUUUCCCUUCGUACGCAAAGGUGUGAAGAGUGAAACGGUGCAAACAUUUAUAGCGCCACGACGAAAUGACACGCCCAGUUAUGCCGAAUAUCAUAUCAUAUUGUUGGCUAUGCUGCCAAGCACCGAAGCGGAUACAAAUAAUGAUUGCUUUAUGGCGAAAAUGUUGCCCGCACUCGAGCUCGGUAUUGAUGCGGUGCAGCGGUAUGGUUUUCACGAAGCCUACAUUGAUUUUACGCUCAUAGCACGUGACUCCUUCUGUUCGUCGAUAUAUGGACCGAUCGGCUUUUAUGAAGUGCUGUUGCAACAGCCGAAUUUGAAUGCUAUCUUCGGUCUGCCGUGUGAAUAUGUUUUGGCGCCGAUCUCACGCUAUGCCGGCGCUUAUAGUAUACCCGUUGUAACGACGGGCGGUAGUGCUUCGGCAUUUGGUAAGAAGGCUGGUAAUUUUCCGACCUUAACGCGUCUACAUGGUACGCAGGGCAAUAAUUUGGGUAAUGCAGUGUUCGCGAUCAUCAACGAAUUCAAUUGGACGCGUACGGCAUUGAUCUAUGAAUCGGAUAAUAUCGAUGAUAAGGGUUAUUCGGUGUGUUUCUUCUGCUCAUAUGUGAUACAUGACAAGCUGGGUGCACGUUCAGUUAUGCAGCAGGGAUUCGAUAGGAAUACAUGGAAUGGCACAAAGAUCACCAACAUGCUGAAGAAACUAUCCAAGGAGGUGCGAAUUGUCAUUAUGUGUGCGGAACCCGAGAAUAUCCGCCGAAUCAUGUUGACCGCUGAGGAAUUGAAUAUGGUCGACAGUGGCGAAUAUGUGUUCAUAAAUAUUGAAAUGUUCUCGCACGCUUCACACAUCGCUUGGAGACCUUGGUAUGACAAAAACGAUACAACAGAAAAUAACGAACGCGCACGAAAGGCAUAUACAGCUAUACUGACUUUAACGCCAAAACAACCGGAUGAUGAGGCAUACACUACAGUUUCCAAUAAGAUCAAAACCAUCGCCACGGAGAAAUAUAAUUACACAUUCCAGGAAAAUGAGGAUGUCUCAUCCUUUGUAAUAUCCUUCUUCGAUGGCGUAUUGCUCUAUGCCAAAGCGCUCAAUGACAGUAUUCGUGAGGAUCCGACGGUGCUGACACGCCCUAUAAAUGGCACCGAUAUGGUACGACGUAUGUGGGGACGCAGUUUCAAAGGUAUUACCGGUAAUGUCACUAUCGAUAACAACGGCGAUCGCAUCUCAGCAUAUUCUUUACUGGACAUGAAUCCGCAUACGGGUAGUUUUGAAAUUGUUGCCGAUUUCAUACACAACCGCUUGGACUUUGUGCCAGGCAAGGAAAUACACUGGGCCGGUGGCCGCAAAGAACCACCACCUAGCACGCCGAUUUGUGGUUACGAUGGCUCACUGUGUCCAGAUAAUUCACUACCCGGUUAUGCGAUACUCUCGAUCAUACUCGGUGUCGUAGUUGUGCUGAUGACUGUCGGUUUCUUCUUCGGUUAUCGGCACUAUAAAUCAGAGGCGGAAAUAAAUUCCAUGACAUGGAAGGUUUCACUUAGUGAUUUAGUUUGUCCAGAUUUAGGUGGUCGCGGUAUACGCGGCUCCUUUCACUCACUCGUACGGCAUAGCUCGCAAUUGACACUCAUGUCCGAGGACUUGCGUUCGUUGUGCGGUGAUCGUCAAAUCUUCAUACCGGUCGGUAUGUAUCGUGGUUGUGAAGUAGCUAUUAAGGCUAUCGAAAAUCGUCAAAUCAAUUUGACACGUUCGCUUAUGUUGGAACUAAAAAGUAUGAAGGAUCUGCAGCAUGAUCAUUUGGUGAAAUUCUAUGGCGCAUGCUUGGAUCCACCGAAGCGUUUCCUACUCACCGAAUACUGUCCGAAGGGCUCACUGCAGGACAUUCUGGAGAAUGAACAAUUCCAGCUGGACUGGAUGAUUAAAUUAUCGCUGAUGCAUGAUAUUGUGCGCGGCAUGCAUUUUCUACAUAACUCGGUUAUACGUUCGCAUGGCAAUUUGAAAUCCUCCAAUUGUGUGGUGGAUUCCAGGUUCGUUUUAAAAAUCACCGAUUUUGGUUUGCAUACGCUAAAGCGGGAACGACCAGAAGCGGUGGAAAACGAUGUGGAGGACUGCAAUAGUCAUGCGUAUUGGAGUAAACUCUUUUGGACCGCGCCCGAAUUAUUGAAAAUUGGCAAUGAUCGUCCGCCAGAGGGUACACAGAAGGGUGACGUUUAUUCGUUUGGCAUAAUUGUACACGAAAUCACUACGAGACAGGGUCCAUUUUACCUAGGCAAGACUGAAAUAGAAAAAUCACCUAAAGAAAUUAUUCAACUAGUCAAAGCUUAUCCGGAACAUAUAUCUUCGCCAUUUCGCCCGUAUAUCGAUGAGCAUGAUGGAUACCUUGAUAUUAACAACCUCAUGAUCAAGUGCUGGGCUGAGGAUCCGCUUGAACGUCCCGACUUCAAUGCACUCAAAUCAAACAUACGUCGAAUCAAUAAAGACAACGAGACCGGCAACAUUGUGGACAACCUGCUUAAACGCAUGGAACUGUAUGCCAAUAAUCUGGAGGAGCUUGUCGAAGAGCGUACGCAAGACUACAUUGAGGAGAAGAAGAAAUGCGAAAAGCUCCUGUAUCAGCUACUACCGCAGAGCGUUGCAGCGCAGCUUAUCAGCGGACAACCGGUAGUUGCCGAAACAUUCGAUCAGGUCACCAUUUACUUCAGUGAUAUUGUCGGUUUCACCGCCAUCUCAGCCGAGAGCACACCCAUGCAGGUGGUGCAAUUUCUCAACGAUCUCUACACUUGUUUCGAUUCCAUAGUCGAGAAUUUCGAUGUCUACAAAGUGGAAACGAUAGGUGAUGCCUAUAUGGUUGUCUCCGGCUUGCCCAUACGUAAUGGUAAUCAGCAUGCGCGUGAAAUUGCACGUUUAGCACUGGCUCUACUUGGCGCCGUACAUAAAUUUAGAAUACACCAUCGACCGCAAGAUCAACUAAAGCUACGUAUUGGCUUGCACACGGGCGCUUGUGUGGCUGGCGUUGUGGGUCUAAAGAUGCCGCGCUAUUGUCUCUUCGGCGAUACGGUGAAUACGGCGUCACGCAUGGAAUCGAAUGGCGAAGCGCUACGUAUACACAUUAGUCAAAAUACCAAAUUGGCAUUAGACGAAUUCGGCACAUUCAUAACCACACAACGGGGUUAUGUACCCAUGAAGGGUAAAGGCGAAAUGCUCACAUAUUGGCUCGAGGGUGAAGUACCAAAACCGGAGUCACCUUCAGUGUCGGCACAACAGUUGCUGCACGGGCGGCGUUCCUCACUCAAACAUCCGCCGCAACGUUACAGUGUUAUGUUGCAAAAGCAACAUUCCGAGAUCUCAGAGGGUGAGCAGUUAACGCCAGCGACAAUAGUUGAACACAGUAGCAUACCGAAAACGCCGACUUUGCGUGUGAAGCGCAAAAUCUCGUCAUCAUCACCAAAAUUGAAUGGCAACGAAUUUAAACCCGAGGAUUUCAAUUACUAUCUGGAUAAUGUCAAACAACAACAAGACAACGAGCACAUAGUGACUAUGGGUAAGCUAACAAAUGGGCUCAACGGCGACAUUUACAGCAGUCGGUCGCUGCGUGAGCCACGUAAAGAUGCCAACAACGAGUUGGCCAAUCUACGUUUACCGCUAUCUGGUGCACUAAAAAAUCACAAUAACAAUUUAGCGAAUAACCACCGUAACAGCUUUACACAUCUAUUGCAAUCAAACUCGAAUUCCAAUCUAAGCGGCAUUCUACAUCCGACAACACCGGCAUUGGCACGCGUACGCCCGAGGCCAUCACCAAGCAUUUCCCCAUUGGUAUCAAGUGAACGUGCCGAUAAUGAUCAUGUGAUCAAUAGUCAACGCAUCAAAUUCCAAGUAGGCAUUAAAGUUGACGAACCACAAGAUAGCAGUAUAAAUGGCAGAUCUGAGCCAAAUACUUCAGCACAACUUUUACCUCGGCGCCCAUCACUUGAUGAAUCAUAUAGUGAAUCAAAUAUUUAUAAGCCUGAUGGUGUUGAUGAUGACGAAGACGACAUUGAUUUGCCAUUAAAUCACCAGUUGAAUAGUAGUAAAGCACGCUUGUUGGAAGGCGAAAAUCUAAAUAGCGUGGUAUUUACCAAAAAUGGUUGUGAUAGCGUAUGUAAAAGCAACAAUAAUAGCUAUAAUAACAUUGUAAAAGCAAAUAAUGCAAAGAAUUUGCAUCUUAUUAGCAAAGCUGUGCCGCCAAUGGAUAAUCAUGUGGGCGCAGGUACUGCAGACGCAGCAAAUACGGGUGCCAGUGUAGUGGGUAGUGCUGUAACUGUGGCCACACCUACUGCAGGGAGUGUAGCGCAACCGUUAUUGGGAAAAAUAAAUUCAUAAUUUGGUGUAAAUCAUUUUUUCAGCAACGAAUUUCACAACUGCAGAGCAAACAUGCAAUUGUAUUGCAACUGAUGUUCACUAAGUGGACGCCUACAUGUACAUAUGUAUGUAUAAUUAUUGCACGAAACACAACAAUGGUGCAGGAAGCACUUUGAAACUGAUUUCAGGUCUAUAAGUAAGUGGAAAUGUGAUCACAAGUUUCUCAAGUAUAAAUGAAAUUUAAACUCUUGUUUGUAUUAAAAUGCUUGAAUAUAUGUAACUUUGCUGAGUCCCGAAGCAAUUUAAAAUAUUUGCACAAGUAAACUAAUAUUACAGAAAUUCUUGUACUCAGUGCUAUUACAAACAAAAAAA